ACAUCCAAACAGGGGAAAGCAUUUUGGGAAGGACGUUGGAACUGGAGCAAUUCGCAAUCCGCAACUCGCAACUCAUAUUAGGCUGGAACUCGAGUAGCAAGCUCGAGAUUCAAACAACAGAUUGCAAUCAAGCACAUCAUCGAGAUCCGAUUCGUUCUUCCGACUCAGAAUAUCGCUACAUAUGGAUUUCUCCGAGUUGUGGGCAAUCUUCGGGCCGGGCGUCGCGGGAGCAGUAUUCGGUACCGGCUGGUGGUUCUGGGUCGACGCCGUCGUCUGCAGCUCCGUCAAGGUUUCCUUCGUCCACUACCUUCCUGGCAUAUUUGCAACUUUUGCAGCCCUGAUGUUCAAUUGCGUUAGGAAAGAAGACAUUGACUACUCUCCCUACGAGGAAGGCGAGUGGAGAUUGAAGCUUUGGCUUUUCUUCGCAUAUGUUGUGUCCUUCGUAUCUCUAGCGGCAUCAGUUGGCCUAUUGAUACAAGAUUCAAUCGUAAAGACCGGCCCUUCUGUUUGGACGGGAACUGCAGGUGUCUUGCAAUGCGUGUUCGUGUUGGUCAGUGGGCUGAUUUAUUGGACUUCUCAUCCAGAGUAAACUAAGUGAAUCCUUAUGCUUUCCAGUUUGUGAUUGAAUAAGUGAAUCCUUAUGCUUUCCAGUAUGUGAUUGAAAUUACAAGUGGGCUACCCAUUUGUACGUGUAUCAUUUUACUUAUUCAAUUGGUGAGAUCGAAAAUACUUCACUUUCUGUAAAUGUUUAUGCUGUAACAAUCUUAAGCAUCAAAGUAGCAACUCUUGAAUUUGC